AUGGAUGCUGCCAAUGAGUCUUCAGAGGAAACCCCAUUUGUCCUGCUGGGACUGACAACAAGCCCUGGACAGCAGAAACCUCUCUUUGCGCUGUUCUUGGUCUUCUAUGUGGCAGGCAGCCUGGGCAAUGGACUAAUUUUGGCUGCCAUCCAGGCCAGUCCAACCCUCCACGCACCCAUGUACUUUCUGCUGGCCCAUCUGUCCUUUGCUGACCUCUGCUUUACUUCCGCAACUGUGCCCAAGAUGUUGGCCAACUUGUUGGCCCAUGACCGCUCCAUCUCUGCUGGCUGCCUGACCCAAAUGGACUUCUUCUUUGCUCUGGGGCUAACUGAUAACUGUCUCCUGGCUGCCAUGGCCUAUGACCUCUAUGUGGCCACCUGGCAACCCCUCCACUAUGCAAUGAAGAUAUCCCGAGCUGUGUGCACAGCCUUGGUGGGGACAGUAUGGCUGGUGUCCCACAUCCACUCCCUCCUGCAUAUCCUGCUCUUGGCCCACCUGUCCUUCUGUGCCUCCCACAAAGUGCACCACUUCUUUGACCAUCAGCCUUUCUUAAGGCUCUCAUGCUCCAACACCCGCCACAUCCAGCUGCUUGUCUUCACGGAAGGCGCUGCAGGGAUCACUCUCUUCCUUCUCAUUCUCGCCUCCUACGGGGCCAUCGCAGCUGUUGUGCUCUGACUGCCCUCGGCCUCUGGGAGGCUCUGGGCUGUGUCCACCUGUGGCUCCCAUCUGUCUGUUGUGGGCCUCUUCUAUGGGACAGUCAUCAUAGUCUACUUCCGGCCCACAUCCCGAUACAAGGCAGAGCAGGGCCGUGUGGCCACCAUCAUGUACACUGUGGUCACCCCCAUGCUGAACCCCAUCGUCUACAGCCUCUGGAAUUGCGACAUACAGGGGACACUCCGAGCUCUCACUGGGCAAAGGAUCUCAGCUAGUGACUCCUGA